UGUGGGUGAGAAUGCGCAUGCGUUGAGUGGAAGUUCCGGGUUGCCGGAAGCGUGCGUGGGUCGCUGCUGCUGCUGCUAAGGGAAGCAUGUCGGCCAUCGGGACCCUCGACCCUGUCCGGGGCGGCGGGGAAGCGACCCCGGCCCUGUUCCGCCCGCUUAGCGCCGAGGACGAGGAGCAGCUGCCUGACGAGAUCGAGUCCCUCUGCAUGGCCUGUCACUCCAACGUGAGCCUCCCCAAGAUGCUAGUCCUCACUCUGCUGGUCCCUUCUCUCUCUCCACCCCGGCUGUGGGGCCUCACCGUCCUCCGGGAGUGGCGGGACACUUCCUUCCCCCCGGGCAGCUUCUCAAGAGGGGGACGAGAGGGUUCUCGCGGGGAGUUGCUAAGACGCAGGUUUUCCUUCUAAUUGCAGCAGCCUCUGCCAAGAUGGGAGCCCCACUCCGCCGCCUCCAUCGCCUCCAUCCUAUUCCUCCUCUUCUAGGACUUGCCCCUGGAGAGGAAACCCCUUUCUUGUGCUGGGCGACCCCUCUCAGGCCUUGCUGUCUUGCUUUUUCUCUCUCCCCCCCUCCCUGCCCCCGAUCGGCUGCCCUCUGAGCAAGGACUUCUCCCCCCCCCCAAAAAACCCCACCCAUGGUGCCAUAUAGUUUCUAAAAAUCAUUAUUAAAUUUAGGGUGGGGAGGGGGGGAUAGGUGACUGUUGUUUGUUCGGUUUGGAGUAAGCCCAUUGGAAAUAGCGCCCCUAAGUUAGUCCUGCCCAUUGACUUCAGCGGGUCUACUCCAAGUCGGGCUGUCGUAUACAACCCUCAUUCAGCGUUGGGGUUAUAGGAGCAGGUAGUGUUUGUCUGGGAUAAGGCAUGUCUGUUACAGAGCUUUGGUGCAGAGGGGGAAGUUGUGGUGUCUUUGUAUAAAGGGGAAAGGUGCUAAGUGUGACUGUGCAGCAGCCCAGAUGUUUGGGAUGCUGAGCCCUUGCAGUUUGCCUUUAUUCUUCUUUUUCUUUAUCUAGGGGGUGACUCGGUUGUUGCUGACUAGGAUUCCCUUCUUCAAAGAGAUCAUUGUCAGUUCCUUCGCCUGCAAUAGAUGUGGCUCGACUAACUCAGAGAUCCAGUCGGCUGGCCAGAUCCAGGAUCAAGGUGUAUGCUAUAUGCUGACUGUGCGGAGCAAGCAGGUGAGUGGGUUUGUCUGCUUCCCAUUCCCCUGUGGUAGCUUAAGGACCUUGAUUUUGCUUUAGAAGCAAAUUUGGCAGCUUUGAAGAUUGGUUUUGGCACAAUCGCUGCCCGUUUGGAUCCACUGUGUCACAGAACUGAUUCACUGUAAAGCUGAUCUGGCUUGAGAAACCACAAUUGGCAGAGAAGUAAACUUUCAAUCAAUUAAGCUUACUUUCUUACAAUACAAAGGCAGCACAGUGUGUGGCUGUAGGUGGGCUGGGCUGCUGAUGUCACGUUGCAGAAAUCAGACUAAAGAAAUCCAGAUUUGAGGUCCCUCGGUGUGAUCUUACGUUAUAUAAAAAUUUAAUAGCCACUUUUCCAAGACUCAAGGCAGUGUAGAAACCAUAACCCAGAUUACAUAUAGAAAACCACUCAGUCAGUGCUAGAAACUUACUCUGCCAUUCCAAAAGAGAUGCCUUUUACACCCCUCCUCCAGUGCAGAGUUCAAAAACGCCUGUGACCCCCAGGUUGCAUAAAAACAUAACUUAGGCAUCUAGCAGGGUUUGGGAGUUGGAUCCAGCCAGCAGCCAGAUCCUUACACACUCCCCACCCCCACUCCCCAUGAGCCAAUUUUGACAGGUGCAUGGGGCCACCCACCUGUCAGUCACCAGAUGUCAUUCUGUCAGGUGACCUGUUUUCCUUUGCCCUCACAGUUUUCAGUCAAACCAUGUGGGCAAAGUAAAUGGGUGUGUGUGCUCUGGAUCGGAACUUGGGUCCAGUUUGUCCUUUAGAAUUAACUGGUAACUGGAUGGGGAAAAACCUCUGAAUGUGUGACAUCCAUGAUGGUGUUUCAUACAAACAUGUAGGGCCAGUGGUCGGUCUCUAAAUGUUCUUCCAAAGUGGAAUUCUGAAACUGGAAGGGAAAAUAGCUGCCUUGCUCUUUGGAAGAGAUACUUCGGUAACAUCUGUUUGCAAAUAGCUGAAGAGGCAUUUGGGUUUUCGUGCCAUUUUCUGUGGGGUAACUAACUGCCACCUGUCUCCAUUGCACAUUUAAAGGUUGGCUUUGGUCACCCUUUUAUCUCUGGUUACCAGGGAUAAACGGUAACAUGGGCACAAGCUUCUAGGAAGAGGCAGAAGGAAUGGGGUGGGCUGGAGCUGAUUCCAAAGGCCUCUUUCCCCUUUCCUGCUCUGGUUUGGGUUAGUUGGGGCGGUGUUAUCACUCAGCAUGUGUUUCCCUUUAGUUCAUGUGUGCUUUGGGCAUGUCCUUGUCCUCACCCAACCAGGUGGGCUGCCGGGUUUCUAGACUGGUAUAACUUCUCCUGUAAAUCAUUCUCCCCAGGAUAUGAAUAGGGAAGUGGUGAAGACUGACUGUGCCACAGCUAGAGUACCCGAGCUAGACUUUGAAAUCCCUGCUUUUUCUCAGAAGGGAGGUGGGUAUAUGGUCGUUUCACUAUGUCUUGGGGCAGCUGGUCUUUGGGAUGCAAGGAGCUACUAGCACAUUCCUGACGACCUGUUCCGGAGGAGGAGCUGCUGUUUGAGGGUGUGAAAAGGAACAUUUUCCACUGUGGGGCUUUUAAAGGGUGUGUGGAAGAGGCAUUUGUUGUACUGGCUUGAACAAAAGGGCUAGAAAGCCCCUUGAUCAAGCCCCCUGCCCAGUCAGCCUAUAGAAUCCAGAUCUCCACUAAGUAGCUUCCUGCUUUCUGAGAGUCUGCUCUCGUGUUCCUCCUGAUCUGAUUAACAUGAGAAUUAACUGUUGGGCUGCUGGAUCAGGCCAGAGAGCCAUCUCAUUCAACAUCCUGUUCUCAGAGCAGCCAAACUGAUGCCUCUGGGAAGCCCAUAAGCAGGACUUGAGUGCAACUGCAACUGGCAUGCAGAGGCUUGCUGCCUCUGAGAGUGGAGACAGAACAUAGCCACUGGCGCAGGUAGCCAUGGAGAGUCCUCCAUUAAUUUGUCUACCCCUCUUCUAAAGCCAUCCAAGUUGGUGGCUGCUGACUGCUUUCCAAAGUAGUGGUGCUCCUUGGUUAAAUCAUUGGGGAUGCCAGCUCACCCUGUGUUCUGUGCACCUGCAGUGGUUGUCAGUGUGCUACUUCCAUCUGCUCUAUUUUCUGAGGGCAGCUGGCGGGGGGAGGGCAGUGGAAUUGAUGGGGGUACGAGGCAGAGAAGGAAUUGUGUUGCCAGGCUGCCUUUUGAAAAGCAAAAGUUGGGGCCUCUCUUCCCUGUUCUACCCAGUCUGGGGCUCACUGCAGAGGAUCUGCUGCUGGCAGAAUGGACUGAUAUCAGUCCAUGAGAGCCAGCAAAGGAGCCAACCUCGUUAUUUCUAGUAAUAACAGUCACUUUUCCUUGCCAGUGUGGAAGAGUAUAACUGGUGGGGUCUGGACUGCUGGGUAGUGAUGUGUCUGCCCUUUAUCUCUCCCUCCCUCUCACCAGCUCUUACCACCAUUGAAGGGUUAAUUGAGAGAGCCAUAGAAGGAUUGAAGCAGGACCAGCCAUUCCGCAGGGUAAGCUGCUUGCAAAGGCUCCGCAGGGGAGAGCACUUUCUUGUCUGUGUGGGCUGACCUGUCAUUUCAUGGGGAUUUUCGGUCAGCUGGCAGGGUGAAAGAUGCAUGUGUUGGGGACAUCAGCUGCUGAAUGAUUUCUUGCUUAUUGAACAAGAUACCUGGCAUUGGCAGUUGCUAUGGCAGUGCUCAUCGCACGGCCAGUAUAUUAAAUGAAUUUUGGGCUUAUUUAGUUUUAGAAGUCGCCCUUCGGGAAGCAGAACUUGAGAACUGCCUAGAAGCACUGAACGCCCUUUUGGUUUGGGCAGCUCUAUCGCAGUCCUGUGAGCCAGUAAAGCUGGUCCUAAAUAUUUCUAGCAGUAUUGUUAAAGGCCCCGGAAGUCCAGAAUAUGGGUGGCUAACACCUUGCCUACCCCCCUUUUGGUAAACAAAGACUCACUUGUUGAAUAUGUCUGGCAAUAACAUGCAGCAAGUGAUGCUGGACAAAUAACAGAGAGCAGAGGAUAUAAGGCAGCUUUCUCUGUGCUUGUUUGUUUGAUAUUCUUUGCUGUAAUGCAGGGAAGGGGAACGUUUGGUUCUCUGGUUGUUGUUGGACUUCAACUCUCAUCCUCCCUGAUCAUUGGCCCUGCUGACCGCAAGGGGUGAUGGGAGUUGUGGCCUGUGGUUUUGGAUUUUGAGUCUGGUGUUGGACUCCCAAGUUGUUCUUCCAAGCUGGUCUGGAUAAUAGAGGCUAAAAGCAACUGCUUUUGCUUUCUGGACGCAGGAAACCCACCCAGACGUUGCAGAGAAGAUCGAGGAAUUCAUCUGUAAGCUGAAGCGCUUGAAAGAUGUGGAUUCAGCCUUCACUUUUGUAAGUACCACCAGGACAGGGUUGCCUUUAGGUGGGGUGGGGAGUCUUGGCCUAUCCUGGCAUGCACCCAACUGUUCCCUGCAGAAGCAAACAGGCUCUUAAUGGUUCUUCCCUUCCACUUCCUUUCUCUCUUGCCAGAUCCUAGAUGACCCCUCUGGCAACAGCUUUGUGGAAAACCCUCAUGCCCCACAGAGGGACGAAGCCCUGGUGGUGACCCACUACAGGAGAACUGCUCAGCAGGCUGCUCUGCUUGGAAUUGAGGUAGCUUGAGUUAGAGGGUGUCUGGCCUUAGUGGAUUCAUGAAGGCCCCGUAACUUAGUAUUUAGGCAAUGGCGUUCUAGUUCAUGUGCCACUGUUGUUGAUCGCUUGACCUUUGAGCCGUGCUGCAGGUCCUAAGAGUGUGCAGCAGACAAAUUCCAACAUCUCUGUUCUUUCUUAGGCUGAGGAAUCCAAGGAGGACUUGACUGACUCUGUGGACGACCUACGGAAUGAAGUGAGUAAACUGCCCUUGAGGUUUAGGCAGUCUUCUGGAGUACUCUGUGGCCUGCUUAGGCCUGGCUUGUGCCCUCUGGAGAGUUCCUGUUCCCAGCAGGGGUCACUCUACAGAAAGGGACUUAGAAUCAUAUGAUUGUAGAGUUGGAAAGGACCACAAGGGUGAUCUUGUCCAACCCCUUGCAAUGCAAGAAUCUGAGAUCAAGAGUCUCAUGCUCUGCUGACUGAGCUAUCCACUGUGCCCCUCUCCUGUAUUCCAGGUGCUGCAGUUUGGCACCAACUGCCCUGAAUGUAAUGCUCCGGCCAGUACAAACAUGAAGCUGGUGCGUAUCCUUUUGAGUCCGUGAACGAGGAACAUGUCACAUUCCAGUCCGGUCAUGUGGGGCCAAUAAAGUGUGUGUGUGCAGAUGCAUCGGUCUUGGCCAAAGAGUGCGGUUCAACCAAACAUACCUUAUUCCUUUUUUUUAGUGGUGGAGGAACUGUGUCAAGGGUGGUUUGGAGUGCUGUUCUAGGGCUGGGAUUCUGACAAUGAGGAGAUCUGACAAAGCAAAGAAGUAGGUCUUGUAUCUGUAUCAGUAAAACAGGUAUGUGAGUUUAGCUGUUUGUUGGUUUCCUUGACUUCUCCUUCUCCAGAGAUCCCUCAUUUCAAAGAAGUCAUUAUCAUGGCUACGAACUGUGAUGCUUGUGGGCACAGAACAAACGAGGUGAGAGGCUUUUGGUCUGGCAGGGUUGAUGUUUCCUCGGAUGAACUCUGUCCGGUUUACUGUUUUCCUACUUGUCCAUAGGUUAAAUCUGGAGGAGCCAUAGAGCCUUUGGGGACCAAGAUAACCCUUCAUGUGACUGACCCAUCCGACAUGACGAGGGACAUCCUCAAGGUGUGGUGCUGUUUUCUCCGUCAUUGUUCAUUUCUUGCAAAUUUCUGCCCCCAGAAACUAAGUGAAAUGUCCUCCUUCUUCCGCAGUCCGAAACCUGCAGAGUGGAGAUUCCAGAGCUUGAAUUUGAGCUAGGAAUGGGAGCCCUGGGUGGGAAAUUCACAACUCUGGAAGGAUUGCUAAAGGAUAUCCAGACUCUGGUGAGUUUUGUAAUAAAAUAAAUGAAUAUCCCACCUUUGAAGGUAACGCCCUCACAAAGUGACUUGCAGUUAAUGAAAAAACAUAUUGGAAGGAAGCUGUUAAAUUAAGGGGGGGGGGACACCUUAAACCAAUAGGAACUCAAAACAAAUUUGAGUUGGCUUGUUGACUGCACUUCAGCUGGAGAAAUGUCCUUCCUCUAGACAGGUGUGGAUCUUGCCAGCAGGUGCCAACAGGUGUUGGUCUCUGGAGGGACAGGAGACAGGAAUAAUGUUACAGAAUGGGAAGACUGAAUCUGCUGGAUGUGAGCAGAGUCAUUGGUGGGCUUAGGGAGGGGGACCUGCUUUUGAACAGGGACUAAAUUCUGAGUUGUCUCUUACAGGUGGAGAAGAACCCAUUCACUCUGGGGGACAGCUCAACAUCAGACAGAGCAGAAAAACUCUGUGCAUUUGGCAGGAAGCUGCAACAGGUUUGGUGCCUCUAUUCCUUUAACUCAGCAUACUAUGGUUUUCUGUUUUUUUGUACAUUUUUUUUUUACUGUAGUUUGUAAAUUUUAAUUUUGCUGGAUUUUAUGGUGUUAUUGAUAUAUGCCUACUGAUUUUUAGUAAAAGGGAUGCGGGUGGUGCUGUAGGCUAAACCACUGAACCUCUUGUUUUUUUUUUUUUUUAAUGAUAUUUAUUAAAAUUUCAAAGAAUACAAGAAUUACAUAAAAACAAAAAGUAAAAAUACAAGAAAAUACAAAAUACAGAGAAAAGAAUAAAAAAACCCUUAAAAAGAAAAAAGAAAAAGAAAAAUAGAUCAAUCUUUCCAUAACUUACAUUCAUAUCCUUGUUUCCCUAACCUCCUCAUACUCCCUUUUUUGAUAGUUAGAGAUAUUUAUUAAAGUUUUUAAGAUAUAACAAAGAAAUGAAAAAGAAAAAGAAAAAUACAAAAUAAAAACAGUUAAAAACACAUUAAUUUUCCAUAGCAUAUCUUCCUUACACUUAUUUCCCCGGACCUCCUCAUACCUCCCUUUUUUGUAUUCCAGUUCAGUUUGUUAGUUCAGCAAAUCCUUACCAUUAAGCUUUUACCCAUUUGUGAACCUUUUUUUCGUAUCUCUUAAAGCAUUACAGCUGGAAACCACUUAGUUUCUAUCCAACAUCCUUCUAAGAUUCAUUAAUUUUACAAUAUUUCUGUAAAUAGUCUUUAAAUUUCUUCCAAUCUUUAAACCACUGAACCUCUUGAGCUUGCCAGUCAGAAGAUCGGUGGUUCAAAUCCCUGCGACAGGGUGAGCUCCUGUUGCUCUGUCCCAGCUCCUGCCAACCUAUCAGCUCAAAAGCAUGCCAGUGCAAAUAGAUACAUAGGUACCACUCUGGUUUCCAUCAGUGUCCCAUGUGCCAGAAGCGGUUUAGUCAUUCUGGCUACAUGACCCGGAAAGCUGUCUGUGGACAGACACAGGCUCCCUCAGCCUAAAAGCGAGAUGAGCGCCACAACCCUGUAGUUGCCUUUGACUGAACUUAACCAUCCAGGGGUCCUUUACCUUUUUUACCUACUGGUUUUUAGUUAUGUUUCAUAUUUGUGAGCUGUUUACUGUGUGAGUUACAUUCUUUAGUUUCAUUGGAUGUCCAGAAGUUCUGUCGUUAGGAGAGAAGGAAUUUUUCCCUCUGUACACUUUCUUCAUGCCAUGAGAAAUUUUAUACAUUUCUAUAAUGUCUGCUCUUAUUCACCUUAAAUUCUGUAACCUUUCCCCAUAGGGGAGUUUCUCCACCUCUUUUUGAUGGUUUUGGUUGCCCUUUUUUAAAAACUCUUUUCCAACUCUACAAUACAGUUGUAUCAUGCUUCUCAAACUCCUUGGCACUCGUACGUUUUGGCUCCCAAACGCCGGAAACCUGGAAGUAAGUGUUCCGGUUUGCAAACGUUUUUCGGAAGCUGAACGUCCGAAGCUCCUGCAGCCAAUCGGAAGCCGUGCCUUGGUUUUUGAAUGGUUUCCGGAGUCAAACGGACUUCCAGAACCGAUUAUGUUUGAGAACCAAGGUGCGACUGUUAUCUUUUUUUGAGGUGGAGAACUGUGCACAGUAUUCCAAAUGUAGUCACACCAUAAAUUUGUAUAAUGGCAGUUUUAUUUUCAGUUCCUUUCCUAAUGAUUCCUAGCAUGGAAUUUGCCCCUUUCACAGCUACUGCAUACUGGGUUGACACCUUCAUUGAGCUACCCACUAUAAUCUCCGAAGUCUCUCUCUGAGACUGCUAAUAUCGAGUGGUAUAUAAGCUAAAUAAAUGAUGAGAAGGGCAUUUGGGCUCUUUGGCUUGAUGCUCCUCCUGUACUUGGGCUAAUUUUCUGGCUGGGACGAGAGGCUGUGAAGCCUUCUCUGAUGGGCAUGCCUUUUCUGUUUCUCUCCAGGUAGUAGAUGGGCAGUUGAGGAUACAUUUUGUCCUGGAUGACCCUGCAGGGAACAGUUACCUCCAGGUACAGUGAACUUGGGAAAGAAGAAACAAGGGGUUGUUUAGCAGAUAGUGCUGUAGCAAGUGCUGGCCAUGUUGGUUCCUGAGAACAGGAAAGUUCUGAGAAUGGCCCAUUUAAAGAAGACAGGCUGUGGUGUAUGCAUGUGCCUGGCUGCUGAGUUUCAAAGUGCUUGGGGAGAAAGAGCACAAAAUGAUGGUGAUGACAAGAGGCCUAAGAUAUUGACACUGCUGAGAACAGGCUAAGAUGGCACCAACCCAGGUGUUAUGUGACCCAGCUCAGCUCCCGGGACAGCAAGGGAAGAAAGGGCAGAGUCAUUUGACAGAGCUGGAGACCUCCGGACAGUGUAGGAUGGUAACGCUGGAGGAGUGGAGGUUACAACAGGGAUGUAUAUAGGGCCACAGGGGAGUCUGUACCUUCCUUACCCAUGUCAGGAACGGGACACAGGACGAGGAACGGAGCAAGUGCCUAAGUUUGGGGUUUGAGGGGCCUGGGUAGUGCAUUGGGGGCUUGAGGCUGGAGAAUCCUUGGCUAACACACUCAAUGUUGAAAACGGCUUGAGCCAAGUUGCAAUCUUUUUGGCUUAGCAUCUUGGAUUUUGAGGAUAAGUGGGGAGUUUUGAGAUUGGGGAAAACAUCGGAUAUCCAGGUGCCUCCAAACAUAUUGCUGAAGAAUCCAAGCAUGCUUGUGCUCAGGCCCAGCUUUGCAUGCCUUGAAAAGUAUUCAAGAGAGAGAGGUGUGUGUGUAUACAAGUCAGGGAUGGGGCACCUGGUGUUCUCCAGAAGAAUGCUGCACUCAAUUCUCAACAUCCCAGACCACCUGCUGCACUGGCUGAUAGCUCUCAUCCAUAUGCAUGUUCCAUGUAACUGAUCUCAAUAUACACCUGCUCUAGAUUUGGCCCUUGCACAAGCCACGUGAUCCCUUUCCUAAAAUGAGCUAAACAGGGAGCAGGCCAUGGUGCCCUUCUACCCCCCAAACUCCCCAAAGCUGGUGAUUCAUUCCUUGUGGGCUGUGCAGGAAGGGUUUCUGUGUUGUAUCCCCGCAUAACACAACCGCCUCUUGCUGCCCGCAGAACGUUUACGCUCCUGAGGAAGACCCGGAGAUGCGAGUGGAGCACUAUGAGCGGCAGUUUGAGCAAAACGAAGAGCUGGGCCUCAACGACAUGAAAACAGAGGGCUACGAAGCAGACGGCACUUCCCAGCGGUAGCAGCGCCACAUAGAGGCCAGGACAGUGUUGUGCAGAAAAAGAUGAACAGUUCCGCCUGUCUGGCGAAGGAAGGGUCGGCUUGUGACUCUCUGGAUUGAAUUUGACCCACGGAAAGCUUGCUAGCAGGGCUUCUCAUAAAAACGAAAGCAUUGCUUCUGGUUUGAGGCUCAUUCUGUUAUGGCCUGGGAUUCUGUUGGUGCAAACGGCACAGGCCAUCCUCUGCUUGAUUUACUCCCCCAACUGGCCCAUCGAAGUUAGAUGCCCAGAUAUAUCAUUGCCCGGGAUCUUCAGCACUUGGUUCUGUAUUGAGUGCUGCCUCCUGCAUGAAUAGUGUCUGGCAUUUUCAGUAAGGGAGGCAACAUUGUCGGUCUUCUCUUCUCCCCUGUUCCCUUGCGGAUGUUUGGUUUUUUUGCAUUUGUUUUUCUCCAGAGCAAUAAAAGUGAGGUGUGUGAAAAGACAA